AAAAGAAUUAAAUUUAAAGGGAAGAGUUUAAAUAAAAAAAGAUGGAUUGGCAGGCGGUACUACUACUCAAGAAGGCUCCGGACCUGUGCACCACACGGAAUGUGAGGCUGUCUUUCCCCUCUUUGAAGACCUGUAUUUUCUGUGUUUUUCAUCCCAAUUCAAAAACCCAGUAAACACGUUUCAUCAACAGUGCAAGUGUAAAGGCCGCGAAUAACUUAGCAUGCGGAAACGAUACAAUUUCUUGAUCUGCUAAGGUGUGAAGCGAAUCGGGGUUUUCUCUGCCGGUGAGGUUCCUUCUCCGGCAGUGGAUCUACAAACGGCGGUUAACAAGACGAUACAGCGAUAGAGAUCAUGGGGGACUCGAAAUUGAAAAUGAAUCCUCAAAUGGAGCAGCUUCAUGGAGAAAUUCGGGACAAUUUCCGAGCCCUAGCAAAUGGAUUUCAAAAGCUUGAUAAAAUUAAGGACUCCAAUAGACAGAGUAAACAGCUUGAAGAUCUGACUGAUAAGAUGAAGGAAUGUAAAAGGUUAAUCAAAGAGUUUGAUCGGGAAAUAAAAGAUGAUGAGGGUAAUAAUCCGCCUGAUGUCAUCAAGCAACUUAAUGAUGACAAGCAAUCAAUGAUUAAAGAGCUUAACUCAUAUGUUGCCUUGAGGAAGACGUAUAUGAGUACUCUUGGAAAUAAAAAACUCGAACUCUUUGACAUGGGAGCAGGUGCUAGUGAACCUACUGCAGAUGAGAAUGUGAAAAUGGCAUCAGAAAUGUCAAAUCAGGAGCUAAUCAAUCAUGGAAAGAACAGAAUGGAUGAAACUGACCAGGCCAUUGAACGUUCAAAACAGGUUGUUCACCAAACAAUUGAAAUAGGAACACAAACUGCUACAACCUUGAAAGGCCAAACCGAACAAAUGGGACGCAUUGUUAAUGAGCUCGACACAAUUCAUUUCUCCAUUAAAAAAGCAUCUCAGCUUGUGAAAGAGAUUGGCAGGCAGGUGGCUACUGAUAAAUGCAUCAUGUUUUUCCUUCUCCUCAUUGUCUGUGGUGUAAUUGCAAUAAUUGUUGUGAAGAUUGUGAAUCCUAACAACAAAGACAUACGGGACAUUCCAGGAUUGGCCCCGCCGGCUCCAGCUAGGCGGUUGUUGUUGUAUCUAAAGCCAGGUAGCGACUUCAGGUAAUUUUUUCGGGAUGCAGAAUCCGGCGAACAUUUUAACUCUACAAACCAUUUGUGUAGCUGUUUGUUCAUUCAUUUGUAUUUGGUCCUUUUAUCCAUGAGUGUGCAUAUCUUAGUUUGCGUAAAUCUCACGUCACAAUUCUCAUUCAUCAACCUUUGGAAAAGGGCAUUUCAUAUUUGUUUCGGAUUGCAUCCUCCGCUUUGUCUCGACUACUUAGAAUGCAUAG